AUGGCUAAUGAAAGUGCUAAAAUCGGUGUAAAUGUGUUGGCUACGCGGUCAAACGUGCCUCACCCGCGCUUUACAAGGCCGUUUCAUAUCACGGGAGAUAUUGUCUCUGCAAGUUCUGACAAGCCGAGUUCUUCGCAAAGUUCGAGUACGAGUGAAGAGGAUGAAGAACCGCCGCCACAGCAAACCUUUUCAUCUGUUUCAUCACCACCAAAUGCCAAAUUUCCUACAAAAAAGCGAUUGGAUGGUGAAGCUGGAUCACAGCCGGCAAAUUGGACCCUCAAGCAGGCCCAACGCCUCUUAGGGUAUCUCAAUUUUGCGACCUUCAUCACCCACCGGGGAAGGUUGCGUUGCCGAACGCUGCAGCGACACAGCAAUGCAUUUAGGAGAGCUCCUCUUUGCCCGAGUUCUCUUGCAGAGGUGAAUCAGGACGUGGUAUGGUGUUUGCACAACCUCAGUCACAAAACACCGAUUCACUUCAAAACAAGGCAUGUGAAUUACAUUGUCACCGAUGCCUCGGAUCUACAAUGGGGAGCGCUAAUCAACAACAAACCCCUGAAUGGUUCUUGGACUCAAAGUCAGAUUGAGUGGCAUUGCAAUUUAAAGGAGAUGCACGCUGUGGUAGCAGCAAUCUCUUUGACAUCCGAAGUCCUAAAGAACUCGAUGGUAAUCCUGCAAAGCGACAGCAAAACUGUUGUAUCGUACAUAAAAAACGAAGGAGGAACAAGGUCCCAAAUGCUGUUAAAAUUGACAAAAGAUCUUCUGGCACUGACGGACAGUUUGAAUAUUGUACUUAUCCCUCACUUCCUUGCCGGGAAUGUACAACGUGGAAGCCGAUUACCUCUCGCGCAAUCGCAGGGGCACCGAAUGGCAUCUCUUGAAAGAGGCAACCACGGACAUAUUCAGACGAUGGGGAACCCCCGAAAUAGAUCUUUUCGCGUCACGAGAGGCUCUUGUCGUGGCAAGUUAUGUGUCGCUAGACUUAUUAGACUCCAACACUUGCUUCACCACGCCUUCAGUAAAUGCUGGCGAUACGAUCUAGCGUGGAUAUUUCCACCGCCAGUGCCUCUACCUCGAGUGCUGCACCAUCUCAACUUAUCCCAAGGGAAGUUCAUAAUAAUAGCACCCAGGUGGAGGAAGCCUUUUUGGCGCCCGGAUUUGAAAGGCCGAGCACUUGCACCCUCGCUACCAAUACGGAAUCUAAACAAAACCCUGAUAAAUACCGUAACGGGUCAACCUCCUCCUCAAGGGCAGAAAUUACAGUUGGAAGCGUGGCUGAUUUUGGCUGCAAAACACGAGACGAAAAACAACUUAUUUCGUCGUGUUUGA